GUAACUCGUGUGCAUUUGGUUGCUCGUACGUGUUAACUGUUUUUCAUGUUAACUGAAGAAAAAAUAGACUUUCCCGGCAUGGAUCUAGGGCCGAUUCAGACGUAUUUUUACUAACUGACACUAUCUGGAAACAACACAUUUUCUUCUACCACAGACGAAAAUUACAAGAAAAUUCAUCACAACUACAAGUUCUACAUUUCAAGCAAAUCAACCGAUGUGAAUACCAUAAAGUUAAUAUGGAAAUUACAAAGUCAACCUAUUUCGAGAAGCUGCCUGAAGUCAAGGCAGCAAUCGAUGCAUCCACUUUCAUUGCAAUUGAUUGUGAAUUAACUGGCAUCAACACUACCUCAGAGAUCAAUGCUUAUGACACCCCAAAACAAUACUUUGAAAAGGUCCACAAGAAUUCCAAGGACUUUCUUGUCAUUCAAUUUGGAAUAUGCACUUUCACAUAUUGUGAAAAAAGUAAAUCCUUUCAGCAGCAAGCUUUCAAUUUUUACAUAUUUCCACGACCCUUGAAUCGAAUGGUACCUGAUUGCAGAUUUCUCUGUCAAUCCUCUAGCAUAGAUUUCUUGGUCAAACAAGGUUUCGACUUCAACAAAUUGUUCAAUGAAGGUAUUCCAUAUUUGAAUACGCAGCAUGAAGCCAAGUACAGAGAAGUUUUGGAGGAAGGAAGGCAAGCGAGGGCAAAGUUGUAUCUGUCACCACAAACUUUAAAUAGGAUAUCCAUACCUGAAGAGGAUCAACCAUUUAUAGACAAAGUCUUCGCAGAGAUUGAGAAAUUCAUUGCGAGCGAUAAGGACGAGCACAUUCUGCCGAAAUGUAAUCCGUUUAUUAGGCGAUUGAUUUAUCAAACGGCGAGGGAAAGGAUCGACAAGAGGGCGAGUUUGGAAACGAGGCAGCUAGAGAACAAGGAUCGCGUUUUGGUUGUGACUAGGCCGAAGAGCAUCGACGAUAGAAACAAGGAUGAAGAAAACAAGAAACUCGAAGAGGCGGAGGUUUUGAAGCAGGCAAUUGGAUUUUCGGAAAUCAUAAAAUAUUUAGCGCAAUCCAGGAAAUUAAUUGUUGGGCAUAAUAUGCUUUUGGACGUAUGCCACACAAUAGACAAAUUUUUGAGUAAUCUGCCCGAAAAGUACGAAUCGUUCAAGGAAUGUGUUAAUUGUUUAUUUCCUUUUAUUUUAGACACGAAAUAUAUGUCGAGUAGCGGUCCUUUUAAAGAUUUAAUUACCUCCACGGUGUUGUCGCAUUUGCUGACAACAGUUACAAAUUCUCCGUUCGGUUUACCGAAGAUAGAUUCUGAAGCUGAAAAUGGUUAUUCUUUGGAUAGCAGUAAAGAACACGAGGCUGGCUACGACGCUUACAUAACAGGGCUAUCUUUCAUAGCGAUGUGGAAGUAUUUGGGGAAAGGUAGCGACUCGACGUUCAAGGAUUUCAAAUUGCUGAAGCCUUACAUAAAUCGUUUGUUCCUGAUGCGCAUCCAGGACGCUCCUUACAUGCAACUAGACGGAGCGGAUCCUAAUCCAUCCCGAGAUCACGUGUUUUAUUUGUUGUUUCCGAAGGAGUGGAAACUGAACGACAUAACGGAGCUCUUCAGUCCGUUCGGGAACGUCUAUGUGGCCUGGCUCGACGAUAGGUCCGCAUACAUAGCCCUUCAUAAACGGGAACAGGCUGCGGUCGCAUUGAGCACUUUAUCCCAGAGCGAUAGGUACAGCAUAAUGACCUACGUUCGGAGGCAGGCGAUUCUCGCCGGUAUUUCCUCUAUACAGACGUCUCCGUUGGCUAGGAGACGGAAGUCGUCUGAAGGACUGCCACCGCGAAAGAGACGAAAGUCUAAUAAUGACUCGAACGUUUUCAAGAGGGGCUCCAUAGAGCCGGUGAUGGAGGUGGAAAUGAGCGAGGAGGCCGAGGCGGACUCCACGAAGCCUUGUCUGAUCAAACCGAGGAAGAGGACCAUCAGCAAAACGUUCGAGGAAGACAACUCAUGGGAAUAGUGAUUGCUCCUCUCCAUUUAUUUGUACAUCCCUCUUUACAGAUACAAAAUUGUACCUUUGUAUGCCAUUUCAUUGAAGAAAAUAGAAAAA